AUGGCACAGUUUGGAAAUUUAGCGUCAAAAAGCGGCCUCAGCUCUUGCCACCGAUUCCUACGCAGCCUCCUCUGGCAAGAAGAUGUUGACUAUUCGCAGUUUGAGUCCAGAAUGGACGGGACGGAUAUUGUGACGUUCCGGGAGAAUGACAAGGCUUUUCGGCUGUUUCGGACGAACGUGCAUGUGAAGGCGGGUGCCUACAUCGCGUGUUUGAUCGGCUUCCUCGUUACUGUAUUCUACUGUGUCAGCUACACUUUCUACCACAGCCGCGGGAUGGGCCGCAAUCCAUUCAUUGACCACCUUGAGCUCGUUGACCUCAUCUUCGCCUUUCUCGUGGGGCUCCCCUGUCACGUCGCCCUAUUCUAUGGGAUCAAAAAGGAGAGGAAGCCGUUUUUCCUCCCGUUCUUGAUCUUCUACUGCACAAAUUUCCUUCUUAAUGUCAUCUUCACAGUGAUCACCGUAAUCGCGGCCAUCUUCGACUUCAACCGACGACUGUUCGGCAAUGUUCGAUGGGACAUUGGCUGGACGGUUUUCCAGAUUCUCUUCGUCUUAGCGCAAGGGUUAGCAAUCUACGUCGUGAUCCGAUGCCGGAAGUAUGUCGAUGCAAAAAAAUCACUGGAAGCAGCGAAACGAGGAGCGCCAAAACCAGUCGGCGAUGGCCGAUGGUGUCUCUAUCGCCGAUGUUUAGUCGACCCACGAACGGAAGUAUUU